AAUUGGUUGAUCCUGUGAUGUUGAUUUGACAUUGGUUGAUCCUGUUUUCCUGCUGAAGACAUGGCCAGCAUAGCUGUACUGACAACCAGGUUUCACUCAUAUGACACAAUGUACAGUCAGGACUUACGCGAACAAAGCUUUGCAGACUGGCCAUUUAGAGAGGAAUGUAAUUGCACACCUGAAAAGAUGGCUAAGGCUGGGUUUGUCCACUGCCCCAGUGAGAAUGAGCCUGAUGUUGUCUGCUGUUUUUUCUGUCUGAUCGAGCUUGAGGGAUGGGAGCCAGAUGACGAUCCCUGGUAUGAACACGUGAAACGCUCCCCUAACUGUGAAUUCUUGAACAUGAAGAAAGACUUCACCGAGCUAACUGUGGCUGAAUUCUUUCACAUGGAGAAGGAGAGGCUAAAGGUCUACCUUAGAAAGGUUUGUCACAAGAAGAUGGCAUAUUUGCGGGAUGAGAUAGACCAUACGCUUGAGAGUCUUAAAUCUCACUGGACUCAAUACGAGUAAAAUCAAAAUGUCCUGUCUAUGUUGUUGUUGUUUUUUUGUUGUUUGUUAUUGCUAGCAAGAGCCUGUAGUCUUGACUCAAUAGUUCGAUGUAAUGGUAAUUUAAAAUAUCAAUAAAGUUUGAGGAUUAUUGCA